GCUAAAGCAAAUGUUGACAUUUUCGGUACGAGUUAACAAACAAAAUGAACAACGGGAAACAUGUUCGUGGAAAAUUUAAGGAGAAAGGGGAUAGAGCUUAUAAAAAGUUCACUGGAAAUAAAACAGAAGGCCAGGGCUUUGCUGAUAAAAGGAAAAGAAAAAUACAGCACGAGUAUUGGAAACUAUUGAAGAAAGAGAAAAAGUCCAAGGAGGAGAACACAAAACAUGUUUCUGUUAUGGACGAACUUUCUGAAGAGGAGGAAUCACCCCCAGACGUAUCCAAACAAAAGUCUACUAAGAAGUCCAUUGGAACAUACUCAAAGGCACAUCAUGACUUCAAACAGAGAAAGAAAGAGAAGCAGAGGAAAAAGCAGGAAGCAAAGAAGAAUAGAGAAGCUAUGGAUGCAGCAAUAGAAAAAUACAAUACAAGAAAACAGUCCAAUUAUAAACUGCUGUGUAAAAGGACAAGUAAAGGACAACCUGUGAUGAAACAUCAGAUUGACUACUUGUUAGAAAAAAUCAAGAAGCAAAAAGCCAAAACAUGAUUUGGACUAAUGUUGGAGGAAUAUUAAAAAGUGAAAUUAUUUCAAAAUCAAAGUGAUUUCAUCAGCACUGGAAACUUAUUUAAAUCUAGAUGUGAAUUGACAAUAGUGAUAUAACAUGAGGUAUAAAAUGUAUACCUGAAUAAUUGUAUGACUAACAAACGGGAACUGGUCUGUUUUUUGUUUUCUGUUAAAGAAAAUGGUGAAAAUCAAUGUACCAGUUUAUUAUACUUUUAUUUAUUAAAUGUAGGGAAUUUUCAAGUUCCUGAUAUUUUAUAUCAUAAUGCAUGUAACUUGUAACUCACAGAGAGAACAUAAAGUGAGUGGAGAGGAGUGACAAAAAUAUCUUUAAGCUGUAACAUCAUUACAUAUCAAGUUGCAUGAAAACCAGUGUGGUUUUUGAGCAUAAACAUACCUCACAUUCAAUUUGUUCAAUUGAUUAAAAGAGAGAAGCGGGAGUGAGUAUUUGGGUAUUUGUAUUUCUUCAUGCUUACAAUUUUAUUAAAUUUGAGUUUUACUGA